AUGUAUGCCAAGUUGCCGCGCGAACUACGGGAUAUUAUUUACGAAUACGCCAUCAAAGAGCGCAUAUUGCACCGCGUGCCCGACUUCCCACAACGCAAAAAUGCCGAGGUGCCAUCGAUACAGCGCAUAUACAGCCAACAUUACGUUGGCGUGGAAGUCGCACGCGAGGCAGCAGAGUACUACUACUCCCAACAGCACAUCAUCGCAAAAUUCCAAACUCUAAGAGAAACCCUCACUCGAGACAUCUUCCACCUGGGCGUUAAACCCUACAUGCACAUCCGAACACUACAUGUUCGAAUCAACAAUGACAAGAUCAGCGGCUGUCUUGUGAAAGAGGCAGGGGCAGACGCCAACGGCCGACUGAUUGAGAAUGUAUACGUGGAAAACUGUAUAGCGCAGGAGAAAGGAAACCUAAAUGAUCUGUACCAGAAGCUUGAAGCUGGCUUUGCUCUCUUCAAAGGAAAGAGAGAGCCUUCGUUGCUGAAGCUCCGCAUCAUCAUCAAGAUGUCUGGGUACUCCAACGCUUACUAUGAGCACACCCAAGAAGGCGUUACCGCCAUGCGGGAUUACGAACGCAGGUUCAUAAAUAUGUUGGAAACAAUACGCAAACCGGUGUAUGACAUGAUACACGCUGGGUGUAAUGUCGAAGUCAAAUUUGAAAAAGAAGUGAUUAGCGCCGUGGACCGCUAUUGGGGCGAUGGCACAGACAGUGGCAUCGGAAGUGAUUCGGAUGAAGAUACCGAUGUCUAUAUGCGUCUGGAUCUGACACCGGCAUUAUUCCAUCUCAGCAAAGAAGACUGGGAAAAGGAAAAAGCCACAAACGUCUACAUCCACGGCCGCUACAACCCAAAAUCACACUACAAAUCCCACAUCCUACUCCGCUACACCCGCAUCAACAAGCACUACCAAAUGGACUUCGCCCGCAACCUGGCCGAGUACAGAGCGAGAUGGGGUUAUACAUCAUUCGAGAAGCUGUUGCAUGUUGGAAAAUACAUCUAUGGGCCGGAAGACGGCAGUGACGGUAAGAGCGAGGACUCGGGCGGCUAUUCGAUGCCGUGGCAUAGGAACAGCAGUGCGUAUAGUGACAGUGAACGCCCGGAUGGUUGGACCCAUUGGUCUGAGGAGGACGAGGAUUAUGAGGAUGGAGAUGUGGGUCGUCAUAGCGACGACAGUUUGGACGAAUGGGCAAUGGCCCAGAUUGCCUAG